AUGACAGUCCCCAAUAACGCUGAGGCUCUGUCUGAGUCACCUCUUCCCGCCUCGACAACGAAGCAGUCGGUCGAUCCCUGGAACGUCCAGGGCGAGGUGAACGCAGAUGGCACCGUUAAAGCCAUUGACUACCUGAAGCUAGUGGAGGAGUUUGGCACCAGGGCUAUUGACAAGGAGCUGCUGGAGCGUUUCGAGAAGGUCACGGGCCAGCGACCUCACCGGUUCAUGCGCAGAGGCAUUGUCUUCUCGCACCGAGACCUUAACCUGAUCCUAGACAAGUACGAGAAGGGAGAGCCGUUCUAUCUCUACACCGGACGUGGCCCGAGUUCGGACAGCAUGCACAUUGGACAUACGGUCCCCUUCGAGUUCACGAAAUGGCUACAAGAUGUUUUCGAUGUGCCCCUGAUCAUCAUGUUGACGGAUGACGAGAAAUUCCUUUUCAGCGAGAAGCGGACGGUAGAAGAAGUAAAGGGCUAUUCGCGCAAUAAUGCGAAGGAUAUCAUAUCGAUCGGAUUCGAUCCCAAGAAGACUUUCAUCUUCUCCGACUACGAGUACAUGGGCGGCGCCUUCUACGAGAAUGUAACUAGAGUAGCCAAGUUCAUUACCCUCAACCAAGCCAGAGCCAUUUUCGGCUUUGACGACUCCUCAAACGUCGGCAAAUUUUUCUUUGGCGCAGUACAAGGCGCGACCUCCUUCGCAAAUAGCUUCCCUCACAUAUUCGGCACCGACUCGAAGAGGACGCAAAAAAUCUCAUGCCUAAUUCCAUGUGCCAUAGAUCAGGAUCCUUACUUCCGAAUGACGAGAGAUGUGGCGGCAAGAUUGCACUUUGCGAAACCGUCAUUGAUUCAUGCAAGAUUCCUAGACGCUCUACAAGGACCAGGUAGCAAGAUGUCCGCCAGCAUCGAGACGUCAGCUAUCUUCAUGAAGGAUACCCAGAAACAGGUCAAGGACAAGAUCAACAAGUACGCCUUCAGUGGCGGCCAAGAGACGGUCGAGUUACACCGAGAGCUAGGUGGCAAUCCUGAUGUUGAUGUGGCCUACCAAUAUCUGAACUUCUUCAUGGAUGACGAUGAGGAGCUUGAGCGCAUUCGCGUGGAGUACAAGGCAGGGAGAAUGCUUACUGGGGAGAUCAAGGGCAUCUGCAUAAAGUACCUUCAAGAGUAUGUGCAAGGUUUCCAAGACAGGAGAUCUAAGGUGACGGACGAGACUGUUGAUCAUUUCAUGGAGAGGCGCAAACUAGAGUACAAGGGCAACCCUCGCGCCCCAAUAGUAGUUCCUGUCGUAGAAUCCAAACCCGAGGGCUCAGAGGCAGCCCCUGAAGGAGAGGGCAAGUUGACGAAGAACCAGCUCAAGAAGAUUGAGAAGCAAAAGCAAAUUGAGGCCAAAAAGGCUCAAAAGGCCAAGGAGAAGGAAGAGGCUGCGGCUGCGGCUGCUGCCAAGCAAUAG